AUGUCCUGCCAGCAGAGCCAGAAGCAGUGCCAGCCCCCUCCCAAGUGCCAGUCCCCGAAAUGUCCCCCCAAGUGCCCUCCGGUGUCCUCCUGCUGCGGCGCCAGCUCCGGAGGCUGCUGCAGCUCGGGGGGCGGCGGCUGCUGCUUGAGCCACCACCGGCCCCGCCGGUCCCUUCGUCGCCGACACCAGAGCUCGGGCUGCUGCAGCAGUAGCUGCUGUAGCAUCAGCGGCGGCGGCGGCAGCAGCUGUGGUGGCGGCAGCAGCGGCGGCAGUGGCUGCUGUGGCAGUAGCAGUGGCAGUGGCUGCUGUAGCAUCAGCAGCGGCGGCAGCAGCGGCGGCAGUGGCUGCUGUGGCAGCAGCGGCGGCGGUGGCAGCAGCCAGCAGUCUGGGGGCUCCGGCUGCUGCUGA